AGUAUGAAGCCAUAAUAAAAUGCCCACACCAACAUAUUAUAUUAGCAUUGUCCGAAUUCUCCCCUCUAAAGUGUAUGCAAAACUGGGUGGGAACAUAGGACAUGGCUUAGUACUGUGAUCGACCUUAAAAGAUCACACUACACCAAAUAGUAUCCAUCUCCCACUUCCUAUCCGUUGCACUCCUCCCCUUAAUUUCUUUGUCCUUAUUUAAGAGCAAGCUAGCACUUAAUUAUCCCUCUACCACAACAAAACUAUUCUUUACUAUGAGCACCAGGGAGGAUAAAGUUUAUGUCAAUGAUAAUCAUGUGGAUGGUGGAUCACAAGAAAAUGCUGCCAAGUCUGAAAUUGUGACCCCUGAAGGUGAUAACUUAGGAGAAUGGUUGAGUCUAGGCAUCAAAGGAGACAAUAUCCCUCUGGAAGCAGCUGAACAAAACCCUGCAGAUUCCCAAUCAAGACCUCUCCACAAUAAGGUAUUCUCAUGCAUAUACUGCACGAGAAAGUUUUACAGUUCACAAGCCUUUGGGGGUCACCAGAAUGCACACAAGAGGGAAAAACAAGCAGCUAAACGAAGUUACCGAUCUCAUAUGAUGUUGACAACAACAUCAAUGGGCCUUGCUUACUCUUCUUUGGCAUCUAGGUCACUGGGAAUACAACCUCACUCGCUUGUGCACGAGCCAAGCAGAGAAAGGUCUGCUAUGGCGGCUAGCUUCAGUGAUGCCGGUUAUUGGAAUGGAAUGGCGUCAUGGACACCACCCUCUAUGCUUGAACAAGCCGGGCAUUUCUCAUGGCCAGGUAGCCUUCAGUUGGAGUUGCCCAAGCAAGAAUCAGAUGUUAGUAAGAUUGACUUAGAUCUUCGGCUCUGAUACAUUUUGUCCAACUUCAGAGUCCUGAUUUACACUACUGCUGCUUUCUUCUUGAUUUCCCUAUGCUAUAUGAUGUCACUUGUGCUAAUAAUUGUUGGGAAAUGGUGUAUAGAUAUCAAUGAGCUAGCUGGUUGAUAUAUAGAGAAAGAAAAAUAUAUAUGAAUGGAAAUAAUAUGAUGUGACAUGAUAGGUCAAGAUAUAAAAAUGAUAAGUGUUAAUAAAAUGGUUGUGAUGUUAAAGUAUCUACGUACAA